AUGAUGAUUUCUGUGGAAGAAGGGGGAAGCUACAACGGUACUGCAUCCAGAGGAAGCGUCCUCAAAUCAAACGCGAGCGCCGUCGCACUCAUGGAUGACUGGCCUCUCGGACUUGACAAGAAUGCCAUGAGCAAGGUAUAUCGACAGCGCACGAACCUGCUUUCGCGCAUGGGCGACAUUAAAAGAAGUUAUUGGGCCGACAUUACCAUCGACAUUUACAACCCCAAUUUGUACCCGACAGCAUACUCCAACAUCUCGAAUGAAACCGCACCCGUCGGAACGAUUGGCUUGGGCGAUGAGCUUAGUUACGACUAUUCCAAUCCCAACUCCAUUUACAGCAUCACCGACCAAAUGACGUCGGAAAAUUUCAUCGCCAAUAGCUCUUGGUACAUGCAUUCGGGAAGCGUCACAUUGGGCCAGACAGGAUCGCUAAUAUUGGGGGGCUAUGAAGAAAACCGCGUUCUAGGAGACGUAGGGACGUUUCGCCUAGAUUCCACUCUCCCUCGGGUGAUACUUGUGGACGUACUUCUCGACUUUGAAGCAGGACCAUCGCCAUACAACACAACUGUUGGAAGCGUAUGGCAAAGCGAAAGUCUCCCUGCCGCCGUUCGAAGUAUGGCUGACAAGUACGGUGGCCCUAUCGGGUCUGCUAUGGUCCUGCCAAAUGCGGCUGCCCCUUACUUGUAUCUUCCUCCGGAGGUAUGUGAGGCUGCUGCUUCUCACCUACCCGUCCGCUGGGUGCCAGAAAUCGGAUUGUAUGUGUGGGAGUUUCACUCAGAUCCCGUCGGCACCACGCGCUUCGUCAACUCUCCAGCUUCCAUGACCUUCGUAUUCGCAGACGAAAAUUUCCGGAACAUUACUAUAAAGAUUCCUUUCAGGCUAUUGAAUCUCACAAUAGAUCGAAUGCCCGCCAGAGAGAACUAUGUGAACUGGGGGGUGGAUACUUAUUGGCCUUGCAAACCAUGGACUGAAUCGGACAUCGUGGCUUCCUCAUCACUGAACCGAUAUACGUUUGGUCGAGCUUUUCUGCAAGGUGCUUUCACCGGUUUCAACUAUGACCGAGAGCGAUUUUUCAUGGCACAAGCACCAGGACCAGGAAUGUCAGAACAGCUCAUUGUCCCGGAUAACACUCAAGACUUACGGUCGAGACCUGCGGAUACCUUUGUCGAUACCUGGCGGGAAUAUUGGACAGAGGUGGAGGCAGGAACUGGAGCAACAUCAGGCACACCAUCCGAGACCACCAGCGUCAACUCCGCUUCUCCAAGCGGAUUAGGAACAGGUGCAAUAGCAGGAAUUGCAGUCGCGGGUGGGUGUGGCUUGGUUGCGAUGGUGGCCAUGAUAUGGUUCCUCUGCUGGCGGGCUCGGAGAAAGAGGAAUUUCGGCGGAGAACACAAAAACGAAAAUGAAAGCGGGCGUGGUUUACAUGAUGCAGAUAUCUUCACUGGUGGCAAGGCUGAGAUGGAUGGAAAAGGGGUGCCAAUAUCAGAAUUAGAGCACCAUGAUCGGAAGUCCGCUUUAGGCGAGCAACAACCUCAAGAGUUACCGUCGCCUUUCAAUUCGCCGAUGAAUAGCAGCCCUGGUUUCAGCGACUUGGUUUUCGAGUUACCUGACGGCAACUGGGGUCGUCAUGAGAAGGGAGAGAAGGGAGAUGUGUCAGAGAAGGGAGGCGGAGACAAGAGAGCAGAAUAA